CCCCAUAUGCAGAUGUUACUCAACGCUCAUUUCGAUUUUAGCCUUGCUGGCAUAUGGUUCACUCACGUUUUCGGGUUGAAUUUAAAGUUUAGGCAUUUCUGAGUUUGCUGGGCAUUUUGAAGGUUCUAAAUACUACGUCGUUCAGAGUUAAUCUCUCUGAGCAUUAUAAUAACAUUGCUGUUAAAGGAACUAGUCACAGACAAUCUGUCGGUAAUAGAUCGUCACAAUGGGAACAAUGGACUUAAUAACAGUGAUUUGGUACGUCGCCACCCUGAUUGCGCUGAUAUCGUUCUUCGUCGUCAUGGCGUGCGCCGAUUCAACCAGAUGCUUCUCAACGAAACCACCUGAUGAAGAGAUACCACCGCCCCCAACUCCGGCGCCCUCGUAUCGGUUGUUUGCGCCACCGAGCUACGAGUCGGUCAUCGCAGCGAAGCAAAACAACAUUUUCAUUAUCUCCGUAAACGCCGGCGAAGGCGGAGAGCAGCGUGGUCACAUGACUGAAAAUUUAGUGACUAAUCUCUCGAGUGUGAUAGAAACUAGCGAGGAACCUAACCGACCAGUUAGUCCAACAUCCAGUGCACCGGCAGUGUGUCCAAGAUGUUCUCGAAGUUCGCUAUCAGUGAAUGUGUAAAUUAGAUAGAAAUGAGUUUAAUUAGCUAGGUUAAGAUAUUUUUAAAUUUGAAACUGCUUCAAGCAGAACUGUGAUUUUAAGUUGGUGGUCUAUUAUUCGUAAUAUUCAACGAUAACUUCUUCGUGAAACAGGUGUACAAAUUGGAUAGAAAAUGAUUCAACGCUGAAGUUACAAUUCGCCACCCUAAAUGUGAGAUAUCGCAAAUCAUACUUAAAUGCGGUAUAUUUUGUGCGCAUUGUGA